UUAGCAUAAUUAUAUUAUCAACAUGCGUAAAUGUUAUAAGAUUGACGUGGUUUACUAAAAAAUGCGUUUUACUAAAUUCAUUUUUUUUAUUACUUAUAUACCUCCAGGAGCCAUACAACAUAGUUAAAAAAGUUUGUACUUCUUUAGGUGACGAAGUUCAAUUUUAUGACUCGUUUAAAACAUCCUCACGUAAAACAACUUGGCAUAAAAUAUUCUUACAUGAAGCAUUAUCACAUAAAGCACCCACGAAUGAACAAUCUUUGAAGAAAAUAUCAUUGCAUAAAAUAUCUUUGCAUCAGAAAAGUAAAAAUGAAAGUAAAAAAAUAACCGAGUUUUACCGUAUAGCUGUUACUUGUUACAUACCUUCGUCACCUAGCGAAGUACGAACUUUUUUAACUAUGUUGUAUGGCUCCUGGAGUUAUAUAAGUAAUAAAAAAAAUGAAUUUAGUAAAACGCAACGUUUUGUAAAUCGCGUGAACCUUAUAGUAUUUACGCAUGUUGAUAAUAUAGGUACACUAAAAACCGUUUGUCAAAAAUAUAAUUCACUAUUAGAUAAAAAAGAAAAUGACGAACGAUGUUGGUAUAUUCGACAAGAUUAUGAGAUUGAUAUUGGGUAUGAUGCAAUCAACUCCUUUAUAAUGUUUAAUCGAACCGAUAUAUACAAAAUUUUAAAGCCGUAUAAGUAUACGAUGCGUACCGACUACGAUGUGUUUCUAACCCCAGCAUUGUACACAUGGAAAGCUAAAAAAAAAUUGUUAGUAGGAAUAGGGGGUUAUAGUGUUUCUUUUACACGUAAAAGGUUAAAACAAAUAUCACUAAAGUUGAAUAUGACGCAUAAAGGAGUUCAUGAUGUUGGAUCAACAUGGUUUGGGGAGUCAAAGUUGUUUAUCAAUUUAUCAAAAAAAGUUUUAGAGAACACAGCUUUCAUAUUUUUAAAUGAAUUUAAUCCCAACUUGCCUGGGUUAGAAAAAAUAAAACUACAAGAAAACAAAGAUGGUCUUUGGCCCCAGUGGUGGAGGCCAGUCUCUUCAAUGUACGGAGCAGAAAUUUCACUUAACCAUUGGAUUGAAGAUUUCUCAGACUUGUACAAAGGCAAUUUAGACGUAUCUUCAUGCUCUAAUUCUAGUUUAUGGGAAACUCCGCAUAUUCAUUGUUGGCAUGAUGAUUGUGAAUUCGAUAAGUUUCGUUUCAUAGAAAGAUUAAAUGAAAUUCUCAAGAAAAAUUUAAACAUUUCUAACUCUUUUUUUCAUCGUUUUGUUGACAAUGUUUACGAUAAAGAUGUAUCCAAAAUGACAAUUAGAGAAUAUUCAACUUUUAUUGCAUGGACGUCAGUUGGAAAAUAUAUUAUAAAAGUAUUCCAUCAAGAAAAUAUAUAAUUUAUCAGUAAUACAAAUAGAUAAUACAGAAAAAAAUACUGUUAUUUGAAAUCCAUUUAUAACACUAAAAUGCAUUUUGAUUAUUAAAUAUUUGAAAGAAAAAAAAUACUUCUGUUA